AUAGCAGUGUCAACAACACAAUCUGGCUGCAGCUAAUUAGGAAAGCGUGUGUUCUGAUGGCACUGUGUGUAGUGUGCUCUACUGUGUUUCUCAGGUAGCCUAACUUACAUAGGUAGAUUCACUGUGCAAAUAAUGGAAAGAGGGAUUUAAAGAGGGACAUAUUAAUAUAUAUUAAGCAUGUCCCAGUAUAAUUCCACAUAUCCUUUUGAACUCUUUCAAAAGCACGUCUUAUUUUAGUGCCUAACAAGUUGUUGGUUAAUUUGGGGUGCAGUUUUAAAACUCUGGCACAGGAAGCUAAAACAUUUGUUCAUUUCCCUGAAAUGUCACAAAUUUAGCCGUCACAGUAGCUUUUAUUUGUUAAAUAAUUAGCUGGACAAACAUACAAAUAUUUGCGGUCAGUAUGUACAUUACCUCAAACAAAUAGUGGUCAGUUAAGUUUUAUUAAUGCAGGAAGUCUUGUUGAGAUUACCGUCUCUUUUAUGAGGGAGAGCUGAGAACAGUUAAUAUAGGAUACAUUACAAUGAAGACAAUUAAGUUACACACAGUCAUCGCGCACAGACACGCUGAUUAAAAAAAUAAAUCAAAAGUACUCCUAUUAUUAAAAUAUCAGAAAGCAGAAUAUAAAAGUCCCUCAGAGUCUCUAACUUUAAUUUGUUUUGCAUUUCAUUCCAGUCCUAAGGAAACCAGUACACAAGUGAAUAUAUGAAGCAUCCACAUACGACCGCCGGAACACACGUACAUGAAAUAAUUGCUUUUACUUGAGCAAUGUGUAACUGAAAAAUUAGCUUUUAUAUUUGAAUUUGUGCUUUGUUAGAUAUGCUGUCUGCGGUUUGAAGUAGGCUCUGGUGACACAGUGGCAGACCCACCCCACCCUUGUGUCACAGACCAGCCUACCCAACCAUCCUCGACAUCCAACACUAUCUUACAUCACCAAACACUGGAUCAAAGGUUCAUGAUCCUUGCUAAUGCAGAUAAAAAGCUGAGAUUUGACAGUUCAUUACUGACCAUAAAGAACAAUCUCACCACAACGUUCAUUUAGGCUAGCAAGAUAUGGAAUAGUAUGGUUGUUAUAUAUAUUGUGAUUUUGAGUUUGUUUAUGUCAAAAGGCCAUUUUUGGCUUCCUUUUUAAGUUUUGUCAAACAGAUUUAUGACCACCCUCUUCUACAAAAUGUAUCUGUGCAGAAUAAAGAAUACUUAGGAUGUUUUUUAUACCAGGUACCUGGAAUCACAUCAGGGUCAUCUUCAUUAUAGCUUGUCAGUAGAAUUUAGAUAUUAACAUUUGAUCGUGACGUGCUAAUGAAUUGGGUUGUAAAGAUGCAGGAAGAAAACUGUAUUUCCGUAAUGUUUAGCCUGAUCAUAAACAAUAUUACUUUGUAGAUGCAUAACUUCUCAGAGUACCGGCACGUAAAUUAACACUGUCAGGGAAAAUCUAGGAGAACAUCUCUUUAGCAUUUCAUUUUUAAACCCUUUUAUAUAUAAUAUAAACUUUCUUUUUGUGUAGGUCAGAGGGAGCCCAAUGAAUGUAAUCUGGUCAUAUGAACUGAUCAGCAUUUUUAUUAAUUUAUUAAUUCAUUCUUCUACACGAUUGAUCCAAACGUUACUAUGUCUAAAACAAUAUUUUGUUAUAACUGGUUCUGACUUAUAUGACUUAAUCUGUGGUUCAGUGAAAAUGCUCAUCAUGACAAUAUCCAUUACACACUAUAGUGUUUCAUUUAUUCACUUGCUGACUAUAAUUUAAUAUAAAUAUCAAGUCCCAAUAUCUUGACAAAGUCUGUGUUACAGUUUUACUUUUUGUUUGCUUGGUAUAGUAUCUUCACUCAAAUUCUAUGAAUACACAGAGUAUCGUUGGAGGUAUGAGGCACACAAAGAUUCUUCCCCUCGACUAACAAAUGGGAAAUUCUUAAUGUUCCCAUUGCAAUGUUGGAAAUAACUUCUUGCAGUUAAGUGCCUCCUUAUUUGGUUGUCUGCUUUCAUGACGGUCACUGGGGGCUGCACAAACACCUGCUAAUGGCUAACAGCAAGUUAAUUGCAGUUCCCAUAAGUGGACCAUGUGAUGUUGAGGUCAGAGAAUGCAUCUGAUACUCAUACAUUUUGUUAUCUUGUCUUUCAGACCCUUUUUGCCCUGGUUUGAGAAUAACAUUAUAGUUAAUCUAAUUACAACUUUACCAAACUAGUGAUUUUCCAAUAUAACUAUACCUUUUGUUAGCUGAGAUCAGUCUCCAAAUAUUCCUCAUGGGUGAUUAGCGAGUCCAUCCUUUAAGUGCCAUAAAAGGUCUUGAAGCAUGCUCUUCUAUGCUCUGGGGAAAGAGCAUUAGAAAUGUAGUAAUGAUAAGGCUCAGACAUCCUCUCAUUCUACUGUAACUGUUGUCACAGUGCUUGUCUUCAGGAUUACAAGGAAACAUGGCCAGCAAGUUAACAGAAGAGCAGAUCACAGAGUACAAAGGAGUUUUCGAGAUGUUUGACGAAGAGGGAAAUGGAGAUGUGAAGACCCUGGAGCUGGAGAGACUGAUGAGUUUAAUGGGAAUAAAUCCUACAAAGAGAGAGCUCAGCCAGAUGGCCAAAGAUGUGGACAAAAACGGUAAAGGGGUAUUUAACUGUGACAGUUUCCUGGGUCUGAUGGCACUGUACCACGAAAGAACCAAGAACCAGGAUGCUGAACUUAGAGCUGCUUUCAAAGUAUUUGACAAAGAGGCCAAGGGAUAUAUUGACUGGAACACACUCAAAUACGUACUCAUGAAUGCUGGAGAACCUCUUAACGAGAUUGAGGCUGAGCAGAUGAUUAGGGAGGCGGAUAAAGAUGGAGAUGGAACCAUCGAUUAUGAAGAAUUUGUGGCAAUGAUGACUGGAAACUUGUUCAAAAUGAGCUGAAGACAUUGUGGAUAUUCUGCAGUUGCUGUCAACAUGUGUUACAAUUACACACAAUUAUAUAACAUGAUGUCAUUUUUCUAGCUUUCAACAUAUUUCUUGUUUUACAAAUGUCUGCAAUAACAUAUGUUUGUGAAUAACUGCACAAAUCCUUCACA